AUGAAUUUCAUCCCAUCUAUCGUGUUCUCGGGGCGGAGGCCCGGAUAUGUGUUCUCAACUGGCCCUCACGGCACAGGGUAUUACGUCGACCGCUCUCAGUCGCAGGGGUUGGAAUCGGCCGACAAGCCAGUCGAGCGGAGGACCGCCGCCCAGCUUCUGGCAGACGCCGAGCGGCAGAGCUCUCGACGCACGACAGCAGUUCAGGAGCUUGAUGCCAAGUCAAUCAAAAAGAUGUGUGUUGCGCUCGGCCGAGCCCACGCACGCAACACCGAGAUGCGUGCCAAGCACGCGGACGAACCGAGCAAGUUCAUGGAGUCGGAGUUGGAGCUUGACGAGAGCUUGCAGAGACUUGCAACAGUCGCCUCUGCACCCGAGCUGUACCAUGAGCUGUCCCUAGGCGGCGCGUUGCCACUGAUCACGUCCCUGCUCAACCACGAGAACGUGGACAUCGCUGCGGGCGCGGUGUCACUGCUCCAGGAACUGACUGAGGCUGACGAGGCGGGCGAGCACCAAAAACAGGUCAAAGCCUUCAUCGAGGAACUGGUCCGACACGGAGUCCUCGAGGCACUCGUGGAACGCUUGUCUGCCUACAAGGAGGAGGCCGGCAGCGAGGCGGCAGCCGUGCACGCCACGCUUUCGGUAGUUGAAAACCUCUUGGACGCGCUUGGUCCGAGCAUCGCUGACUUGCUGUCGGAGCGCACGAGCCUGGUCACAUGGCUUGUUGCGCGGGUCGACCCGAAGAAGUUCAAGGAACUUGACCAGGUCAAGGAACUCGCGGGGGAGAUGCUGGCAGUAAUGGCGCAGAACAGCGACGCCGUCAAGAAGGACCUCGGGGCGUCGGGCGCGCUCGUGACGCUGCUCAGGACCAUCAACGCAUACAAAAAGACAGAUCCCCAGACCCUCGAGGAGCAGGAGUUCAUGUUCAGCGCAUUCGACUCUCUCCUCGCGGCCCUGACGCUGCAGGCGAAUGUGGACGCUUUUGUUCAGGCUGAAGGUGUGCAGCUCAUGCUGCUUGUCCUGCGGUCGAAGCGGGCCGCUGGUCACGGCGCGCUCCGCGUGCUCGACUUCGCAUGUGCGCGUUCGCCGCGGGCCUGCGAGCUGUUAGUCGAGCUCCAGGGGCUUCGCAGCGUCUUUGCUGCCCUCAUGGGGAAGGCCAGGCUCGCCAAGUUGAUAGGGGAGAAGCCAAUGGAUGCGACGCAAGAGCGGCGGGCUGUUUCGAUCGUCUGCUCCCUGCUGCAGAAUCUGGAGGACGAUUCGGCCGCACAGGAACGUGUCUUGUCAAAGUUUGUCGAGAACGAGUUUCAGAAAUGCGAUCAGCUCGUCGACAUUCUCUUGUCGCUGCAUCAUGAUGUCGAGCGCGCGGUCGUGAGGGCUGUCGAGGGCAGUUUUGACCCCGAUGCAGCUCAAGAUGACAUUGAAGAAGUGGAGGACGCCCGCGAGCACGCGGGCUACUUCGAGCUGCAGCAGGCGGCACAGAUAUUCGGCUUCGUCUUCGCGAGCGGUGACGCGACGAUUCGGAAACACCUGCUUUUGCUCCUGCACCAGCGCAGCAUAAGCAUGCAAGCUGUGCGGAAACCUCUUCUAGAGCUUUACGCGUCGAUCGGGGAGUCGGACGCGCCGGUCGCGGGCACAGUGACACGUCCGCGGCUGAAGCAGAUACUUCAAGGGCUUGGUGUCCGAGAUGACGAGCUGCAUGUCCAGGAAGGCGCGAUUCUGCAUAGGGGCCGCGGGAGCUCUCCGGUGCCAAGAGCCACGGACGGUGUAGGCGCAGCAGACGGCAGGCAGCGCAGCCGCAGCCCAGGGCGUCAGGGUUGA